UCUCCGGCAGAGUUCCCCAUCCCUGCAUGCAGAGAGGAGACUGCAGUGCUGUGCUGUGGGCUGGCUGUGACUGUCCUUCCCAGAUGCUCAGCAACAGGAGCUGUGCAGCCUUCCAGGAGGUGGGCCCCAUGUCAGGGAAGAGCACAGUAUCAAGGUGAAAACCUCCCCUUUCCUUUUGAGCCUACAACAAGCUGGUGUUAAUAAGCCCAGAUCCUCAGCCUAGGGGACCAAGUGGCAAGACAACAAUUUCCCCAGAGGUUCAUAAACUUCUGAUUAACACAUCAAGACCAUGAAGCCUGCUACGGAUGAGCAUCCUUCAGCUGGAAAAUCACAGAGAUGAUGGGGCAUCAUUACCACUGCCAAGGUUUCUACAAAGCCAGGUGCGAAAUAGAAUUGCAACUCAGAGAAGGCCAGCAAAAGUGUCACCAACUUCCUUUUAGGAGGAAUCCAAAUUAAGACACUGGGGAUUUUUACAUUAUUCCCUUCAACUCUACAAACUGAGUCUUACUGUCUCCAAAAAGCAGGAAUGAUUUUGGCACUGCAGCUCCAUUUCUCCUGAGACAGUUAUCCUGGAAAGUAGGAGAGAUGUCCUCAUUGGUGCCCCUACUUUACACCAUACAGCUGAGACCCCUGCAUCCCAGGAAGAAUCCAAAGGAGGCCAGACUUGGAAAGGCUUCAAAAUUGGGGCUAUGUUGCUAAUUAGCUGCCAAAAGCCACCAGAAGAGCAGAAGCUUAGAGAGAAUUUUAUGGAUUUUCCAUUAUGUUUCUGGAUCGGUUGCUUAUCCUGGUUUUGUGUUUCUAAGGCAUUAUUAUUUUUGUUAUUAUUAAUCAUUAUAAUACCUUUUACCAACGGAGCUGGGCAAAUGUUGCCUGCAAAACCUUCAAAGAAUUGAUCUCAGCACUUUAAGCAGUAGAAAGUCGAGUGCAGCACAAGAGUUGGAUGAACUUAAUCUGCCAGCGACAAUGGUUUUCCUCCCUUUAAAUUCCUCUGACUGUUCAAAUUGCACCCAGACUGUGGGGACAGUGAACAAUUUUAAGGCCAUAUUAUUAGGGGUUAUUUUAGGGGGGCUGAUUAUUUUUGGGGUGCUGGGUAAUAUUCUGGUUAUCCUCUCAGUAGCCUGCCACAGACACCUUCAGAGUGUCACCCAUUACUACAUAAUCAACCUGGCUGUUGCGGACUUCCUCUUAACUUCCACCGUCCUGCCUUUCUCAGCAAUCUUUGAGAUUUUGGGCUACUGGGUCUUUGGGAGGAUCUUCUGCAACAUCUGGGCAGCUGUCGAUGUCCUAUGCUGCACGGCUUCCAUCAUGAGCCUAUGUAUCAUCUCUAUAGACAGAUACAUUGGGGUGAGCUACCCACUGAGAUAUCCAGCUAUAGUGACAGAAAAGAGGGGACUCCUGGCUCUGCUAAGUGUCUGGGCUUUGUCUCUGGUGAUCUCCAUUGGACCGCUCUUUGGCUGGAAGGAGCCAGCUCCAGAAGAUGAGACCAUCUGUCAAAUCACUGAAGAGCCUGGCUACGUAUUGUUCUCUGCUUUUGGCUCCUUCUACCUCCCCUUGACCAUCAUCUUGGUGAUGUACUGUAGAGUGUAUGUGGUGGCCAAAAGGGAAAGCAAAGGCCUGACUUCUGGCUUGAAAACAGAGAAAUCUCAUUCUGAAGAGGUGACCCUCCGGAUCCAUCGCAAAAACACCUCGGUACGGAGCAGAUCUGCAUCCUGCACAAAGAACAAAACGCACUUCUCAGUGCGUCUCCUGAAGUUCUCCAGGGAAAAGAAAGCAGCCAAGACCCUGGGGAUAGUGGUGGGGUGCUUCAUACUGUGCUGGCUUCCUUUCUUUAUAGUCAUGCCUAUUGGCGUUUUCUUUCCUGCACUCAAGCCCUCAGACACGGUUUUUAAAAUAACGUUUUGGCUUGGGUAUUUGAACAGCUGCAUCAACCCGAUCAUCUACCCGUGCUCGAGUCAAGAGUUUAAAAAAGCAUUCCAAAAUGUCCUACGAGCCCAGUGUUUCACAAGAAAGCAAGCAGCCAACAAGCAUUCCCUUAGCUUCAAUCUGAACCAGCCAGCUAGCCCCAGUAUGGACGGUGCCAAGGAUGUUGUCCGUAUCCCUGUAGGAUCGGGGGAAACCUUCUAUAGGAUUUCCAAGUCCAAUGGGGUCUGCGAGUGGAAGAUUUUCUCCACCAUGCAAAGCAUGUCUACAAAAAGUGCAAUCUCUAAAGACAAGUCCAGCUGCGCCAGAGCCAAAGUGAAGAGCAAAGGUUUCCUCAGGACAUGCUGCUGUACUGGCCCAUCAAGGAGCGUCACUCGGGAGAACCUUAACGUGCCAACCAUUAAAAUACACACUAUCUCCCUCGGUGAAAACGGGGAGGAUGUCUAAGGGAUCGAGAUCUCUAAUGGGACUGGGGAGGAGGAAGGGAAUCUUUACAUGCAACUGUUCAGCUCUGGCAACCUUGCUCUGCUGGCAUAGUUCUGUGAGCAGGAAGUUGUUCUUCUUAAUGGGAAGUAGGGAUGGAUGCUGAAGUAGGGGGAGUGGCCUGAAUCAAAGGAGUAGCAUGUCAUAACACAGCGGGGGUCAAAGCUUUUUAGAACUGAAGUCAUUGAGAGUUGUGGACUUGAUCCAAAGCCCAUUGAAGUCAAUGGGAAUCUUUCCAUUUAUUUCAAUGGCCAUUGAAGCCCCGAAGCACCUUUAAGCACCGGCCCCUUGAAAUGACUGUAACAUCAUUUCCCUACCAUUUAAAGGCUUUGAUUUUCACUGUCUCUUCUUUUUAAAGCUCCAGCGAUUCUGAUUUUG